GGCUCCUCCUCCUCCUGUAGUUUUUUUUAAAGGCAGCUGAAGGCAGGACGGCAACAGUGUGAGGACAGCAGGUGCUGAAGUACGACGCAUUUUAGCAAAAUGAUUUUAUAUCGGCUGCUGUUGAUAGGGGCUUUCACGGUGUUGACCACAGCUCAGUCCCCCUGUGACCCCAUGACUCAGUAUGAGCGGGAUGGUCAGUGCUGCAACAUGUGUGGUAAAGGAACUAGCAUGACACCUUCCACCUCUUGCGAGUUUCCUCAGUGCACAGAGUGUUUUGAUCGUGAAUAUCAAGAAGGAUACACAAAAGAAAGCCUGUGUAAUCGGCAGCCGUACUGCGAUACACAUUUAAACUUUGAGAAACCAGUCCAUAGCAAGACGGCAAAAACCAUCUGCAAGUGUAUAGAAGGAUUCCACUGCGCCGCUAAAGACUGUAAAACCUGCGUGGCGCACACACAAUGCGGACCUGGACAAGGGGCUCAAACCAAAGGCAGCCACACUCAUGACACACAGUGUGAGGAAUGUCCAGAGGGUACAUUUUCCAAUGAGACCUCGUGGUCCAGUCCCUGCAAGGAAUGGACAUCAUGUGAGGGGACAUUCUACACUGAACAGAAAGGAACGUCAACAUCUGACACAAAAUGCGUAGCAUCAUCACGGCUACAUAUCGUAGUAAUCUGUGUUGUUCUAUUGGUCGCUGCUGUGAUUGCAGCUCUAGCCACAGCCUUCAUAUGCAAAGCACACAUGAAGGAAAAGGCAAAGCCCUGCAUUGAGUUAUGUCGGGGAGACGAACAUCGGCCACUUCAACACAUCGAGGUGAGGACACCAGUGGAGGACAUCGAGGCUGAGCCUGAGCAAAGUCUCUUGGAAAUUAGCUCAGAGGGUCCUGUGACUGUCAUGGGAAAUCCCGUGAGGGAAGAGUAUGGCAAAAGUGAAAUCUUCCCUCGACAGGAAUCUCAAACGGAAACAUGCCCAAGUUUGUAAUCUGAAAUGGUCCUGAACAUAACCAGAGGACUGAACUACGGUGAUUAACAGAUUAGCAGCUAUGUUGAGCUUGAUGUCGGAGUCAAGAAGGUGGCGCUCUUACUAGAUCACCAUGGUAACCGAUACAAAGCAAGUUCUGUUCAGAGUUUGGGAUGUAAAUGUUGCUGGAAGAAGUACCUCACUUUGUCCAAGUCUUUUGCUGAUGAUUCUAAUGCUGCUUCUCAGGUGAGAAAAUGUUGCAUCUACAUUAGUAACCCCACUGAACAAAGCAGUGCAGGUACAGAGUAUAAACUGUUUGUGUUGCAUUGCCAUGGGAACCUGCACGUGUUCAGGUGGUGCUAAUUGCAAACAGUGUUUUAAUGUUUGAUCCUGAUUUGCUGCCAAGUCCGUUUUACACUGCUGGCACUGCAGCUGAUUGAAAACAUGGUAGUUUAUCGGUAUUUAUUCCAGAUAAUAUGUAAUCAAUGACAUUAUUUCCACAUAUCACUCCUCAUGGGACAGUGUCAGAUCUAAAUGCACUUCUUCUAUAUCAUGUUUAAAUGAAUGAAGUUAAAAAUUUCAGACCUUGAAUGUGCUGCUGUCGUGUUAGAAAUAGCAGCUGCACUGAGACUGACUAGUAAACUAUAUGUAUAUUGACUCACAUGAUUAACAGUUUUUGUCAAGCAUUCCUUAGUGCAUCUUUUGCACUAACGAAUUUUCAUAUUCGUCUAAGCUCUCUAUCGUAAUAAAAUGUUUCUUUUUGCUGAAGUAUUUGGCACCCGAUUGGUCCACUUUAUGCGUAAGAAGAGUCACGUGGAUGCAUCAAACAUCCCCUUUAAUGUGAGCGCACACACAGUCAGAUGAAAAAGGUCUGGUUGACAAAGUAGAAACCACAUUCAUGAUACCCAUUUUCUCUGACUAGGGUGUUUAGGAUUUGUCAAGUCAGGUUACACGAAAAGAGCCUGGCUUCAUAGUAAACCUGCAUUUCUUUAUUUUGCGGUGUUUCCUUUGGACAGAAUUCGCCAAAGCUGUAAAUGUAUAUAUUUUGUUUUCCUUGAGAAAAAUUAAAAUGUACAGAUCAUGUGCUGAAACGUAAUGUAACAAUGAAUGUGUUAAUAAUAAUGUUUUUUUUUUGCUGUAUUUCAAUGUAUGAUGAUGUUGAUGAUAGGUUUUGACACAAAGCUGCUGUAUAUAUUUGCAUGGUGUGCUUGCAUUAAAUUCCUGUGAGUUAAUUUUUAAAA